AUGGGAGGCAGCUGGGUCGACGACCUCCCCAGUGUGCUAUUGGCUCUCCGCAUGACUCCGAAGGAAGCGACCGGCGUAACCCCAUUCCAGUUGGUAUACGGCAGUGAGGCAGUUGUCCCCGUGGAGGUCGGAGUGGAAUUCGAUUGGGUGCAGCUCUACAAUGAAGGGAAUAUUGAACGGAAGCUGAUGGAGAUGGACUUGGUGGACGGAACGCGGGCAAAAGCACCAGUUCGGCUAGUGGCGUACCGACAGCGAAUGAAACAGAACUACAACCAGCGAGUGAUCCUGAGGUCCUUCCAGGUCAGUGAUCUCGUCCGGAAGAAGGUGAAGCCGGUUGGCGACGUCGCCAAGCUCGAGGCGCCAUGGGGAAGAUCGUUCAAGAUCGUGCAGAAGGGAAAAUUUUGA